AUGCCAGUUGUAUCUAGAUCUAAAUCAAGAAGGUCCAAGUCCUCCAACAAUAUUGGUACAGAGAAUAGUGGAAAUCAAAGUACUGGUCAUCAUCAUACAUCAUUCUUUAGUCAUAUAUUCGAUAGUUUAUUCCACGCGAUCAAAUCAUCCAAUCGCCAUUCAUCUUCAACAGACAAGUGCAACCAAGCCAAUCAAUCACCAAACGCCAACAACACUAUCCGUCAACAACGACCAAAGUACCAAUCAAGAAUGAGCAAGCUUAUGUUAGUCAACCACAACAAUCACAACAACUCAACCAAUAGCAAUGGAAAGUCUCGCAAGUUUGAGGGCGUGUUCCCUCUGACCAACCUGCCCGAAGAGUUGAUCAUCCGCAUUUCACAGAGCUUCAACUUGGACAUGAUCUAUAACCUUAGUCUGGUGUCUCGCGACAUGUACCGUCUGGUGCAGGAUGUCGGUCUUUGGAAGUUCAAUGUCGAGAAGCAAUGGAUGCCACAAGCCAACAAGAUGUCCCUGCUGGCGCAGGAGGGUCUGACAGAUUUCUCCUGGAAGAAUUAUUAUCAUCUUAGAGAGAUCACAUCCGGCAAGGGAGUUGUCUCGGCAAUAUCCCUUCGCAUUAAGGGUCCUGGCCCAUCAGCAAGAUAUCAACACACUGGAACAGUUGUUGGAUCAUCGAUUUAUUAUAUUGGAGGCCAAGAGACUCAGCUGAGACGUUUCAGCGAUAUAUUCCGUUACGACACAGAGACACAUAGAUUCCACAGAGUUCACGUCAAUGGAGGCAAGGUACCCAAGUUUGCCCGUCACACUUCAGUGUCCGUUGGCAAUAAGAUAUAUGUGUUUGGUGGAUUCGAUGGCUCUGGUGUCUACUUUGACCUCUCAAUCUUUGACACUGAGACCUUCUCCUGGACCAGCCCAGUCGUUCACGGCAAGCCACCCCGCUCGCGUACCAACCACGCUUCAGCAGUCAUUGGCAGCAAACUCUAUGUAUUUGGCGGCAUCAACCGAGAUUCCCGCUGGGAGCUGCAAGACCUGGACGAGUUCUACGUGUUUGAUACACAGACAAUGACCUGGAGUGAGGUCGAGGCCAAGGGCGACCUUCCAUCAUCCCGUUGUGGCCACCGUCUGGUCACAGUCGGUACCAAGCUCUACAUGUUUGGAGGUGGUGCUGGCGACUCUUGGAAGGAGCGAUUCAAUGACAUUCACAUCUUUGACACGAUCACCUCAGAGUGGCGCCACGUCCCAUCCAACCAACUGGUCCAAGUCUGUACAUUCAGCUGUGUUUUCCUCAUUGGUCACUUGGUUGGAGUGUUUGGCGGCCAGCAUCUGAUCAAGGGCAAGGUCACCAAGAAGCUCUACUUCUUUGACACUAUCUCUGAGACCUGGAGCAAGCAAGUCUUCCAUCAUGGAGUUCCAAGCCCACGCGACAUGGCUAGUGCAGAUGUCGUCGGCGACAAAGUCUACAUGUUUGGAGGUUAUGAUGGUCGUGCCAUGGAUGAUCUCACCGUAAUGUCCUUCUCAACCGAACUCAGGACAUUAUUACAACACUUUAAACCUCUUACCAACAUCAACCAACAUUCAAAGUUGGAGAUA